AUGGCUUCACCGCCAGACGCCAGGAGCUCCGCCCGAAGCGCCAUCCAGGUGAUGAACAGGCGGCCUCGCAACCCUCGUCCCUGCGUGGUGCCCUGGUGGCGACCUCAGCCUGUGGAACCCCGUCCAGCCAAGGACAUUCUCAAUUCCAUGGCCAGGACCACCAACUGUGCCCUUCAAGUGCCUCUGCGUGAUGCUGACCUAGUGCCUGAACCAGCGCCUGCGUCUGUCUUGCGGGUGUCUCUCGGAGACCACACCCUCAUCCUGUUCCACGAAGCCCUCCUAGGCUAG